AUCUCAUUUCGUUAGUUAAUCGUCGCAAUUGGCGCCCGUAGCCGUGUACAUUUAGCGGCUACUUCUUGAGAGUUGUUUGCUUCCUUCAUUUGAGAGGGCAUUGUAGUUAGAAUCUCCGGUUGAAUCUGUAAUGUUUGGGGGUUAUGAUUUGUGAACCACGUGAAUUCGGAAUCUGAUUUGAUGUCCUCAUUUUCUCCCUGAAAUGGUGAGCUUUGUGGCUUAGUAUGGAUGUAAUCUCGUAUAUAUCAGGAUUCAGGAACUGUGCCACUCUGAGGGGAAGUGGUGUUUUUCGUUUGAGCUAUUAUUGGUUUCGGUUAUCUUAUGUCUCUUUGUUCUACUUUGUUUGAUCAUUCUAGUGGCAACAAAUGGACAUUGAAUACACGUUCUGGCAAAUGCUUCACCUAUGCACCUCUCCGAAAGUUGUGUAAGUAAUCUUCAUCGGUUGUUCGAUCAUUGAUAUGCCUUUCGUCUUUCUUUCUGUUUCUUCAGUGACUCAUUUUGCAUUAUCGUUCGAAGCAGCACAGCUUAAAUUACUUGAUAUUGAAGGAUUUCAUACACGCUUUCCAAUUUCCUUUUCUUGUUUCCCCCCAUCUGCUUCUUAUUAUUGAGUAUUCUGCUAUACAGUAGUUAAGAUGUAAGGUUUAUACCUUUGAUAACAUCAUGGUAUUGCUGGAGUCAUGAAAGCAGGCGACUGUUAGAUAAAUUCUGUAGACUUUUUGUUUCACAUUUCAUGGUGACCAUGCCUUGCGAUCCUGAUUUCUUUUCGUUGUAUGGAGUAGAAAAAAUAACAUGUUUAUGACUUUGUCUGUAGUUUGGGGGUUAAACAGACAAGCUGGUCUUAUUGAUAUUGGAUUCUAAUAAGUUAAUCUCAUUUGUUUGCAUGUGUUGCUGUGUGAUGGAAGCAGCUAUCAGCACACGAAAUACCAUAAACGUAAGUUUCUUGUCCCUGUAUAUCUUAUUUGUGCGCAUUGGAUAUUCUUGUUGUUUUUGUGUUAAUGAUAGCGAGCUGCUGGCAUUGAGAUUAGCAAUAAAGGUGGAUUGCUUGGAUGGACUUCCUUGACUGCUCUAUUGGGUCUCUAAGUGGUGCAUUAUUGAACAACUGUAUGAUCAGAAUCCUUAGGUGGAGAGAUAGUUGAGAAUUUGGUUUACUGAAAGGAGAAUAUGAAGUCAACCUCCCCUCUCCCCAAUCAUGAUUUCAUUCGCCAAACCAAACGAAAGGGCUUAUUUGAGAAUGCUGUUAGCUAGUUCCUAGUAGAAAUUAUGCCUGUUCAUUGUCCUUGUGUAUGCAUAGAGGAAUCAAUAGGCUUGUACUUUUUAAUUCAUGAGUUGCAUGAGUUUUCUAUCAGAGAGUAUCUUCCAAUGGUUUUGUUGCAUAUGCAGUUAUUCAAGGAGUAGUAUUCUGCAUUUACUCCAGGAAAUGUAAGAUUAAAAUGAAAGAUUGUUGUUCCAUUUUUUUUUUAUGUCAGAAACUAAGAAUCAAUGGGCGCGUGACGAUCCUGCUUUUGUUGUAAUCUGUAGUCUCCUUCUGGCCGUUGCUACUUUGGCUUAUUGUGCUGCGUAUGAUCACAGUCCGUCUCAUGCUAUUUUAGUAGUUAUAUCAGUAUUGCUUUUCCAUUUCUUGAUUGCGGGCGUGCUUCUGGCUACUUCUUGUUGGUUCUUGACUAACUCAUACCUUCGCGAGGAGGCUCCAAAUACUCACGUUGUCGAGCAACGGGUAGAAUGGUUGUAUGCAUUCGAUGUGCACUGCAAUUCUUUCUUCCCUAUGUUUGUUAUGCUCUAUGUUAUACAUUAUUUUAUGUCACCUCUGUUGGUGGCCCAUGGUUUCAUACCGGUUCUACUAUCAAACCUGCUUUUCAUGGUGGCAGCCUCGUAUUACCAUUACCUCAACUUUCUAGGUUAUGACGUGCUACCAUUCCUCGAGAGAACGACCUUUUUCUUGUAUCCAAUCGGCGUCGUCAUCGUCCUCUCUCCCAUUUUGAUUCUAAGUGGAUUCAGUCCUUCAAGAUACUUCAUGAACAUGUACUUCAGCCAAAGGCUAUGAUAUACACAAAGCAGCUAACAAGAUUUUCGAGGCAUUCCGUUAGGUGCGCGAGAUUGCAUGGAAGUUACGGCGGGGAAGGUAUGAUUCUUUUCUGUGUAAAUGUGGAAACUGAAGGCAAGGCCCCCCUGAAUUAGAAAGAUCGUUGUAGUGACUCUUUGAAGCAGGAGAGUUUAAAUGAAGCACAAAACGGGGUGGCCUGAACUCGUAAGCCGAGUUUUCGUUCCCGUCCAAGGAAUUUACGGUUAGUCUGAUAUAUGGUCAUAUGUAGAUCUAUGCUGUAAUCAUUAAGAUUAUUGGUCAAAUUUGGUGGGUUGUUGUUUAGCAUGGAUAUUCCUUCCAUCUGAACUUUGGUUCUUGGAAGUGGAAGUUAUGCGAUCAUGUUGCCCCGUUCACUUACGCCUUCUUCACUAUUUGAAGUCAAUGUGCAGAGUGUUGUGGGUCUUUCCCAUUUCGCCUUUGUUUGUUUCCCUGUUGCGGGCUUAGUUUGUCUGUAACUGUAAGUGAACACGCCUGUCUGUAACUAUACAAAAUAUCGUUCAAUUAUGAACAACAAUAAUGUACGGCUGUUUCGUGUACCACCAUAAUCCGCGAGACACUUUCGUAUCAAAUAACGUUCAAAACAAUUUUACCGGCACACUGUUGUCAUGUUUGUCAUGAGUCGUGACAUUACCAUUAGAUACGUACAAGUUAUUUUCUGACCAAUUGGCCGGGCUGAAGGCUAGUUUUCUCAAAAUGGGAUGGUUAAGGUAGCAUCAAUUUAAUCAUAUUCGAGUUAGACCGCCGGUGACCUCGGCAAUAAGUGGACUUUUGCCAAAUGCCAAUGAUCCUCCUGGCCACAAAGCAUCAAAUGUCGAUAAAGACGUCAUCUAAGAAUUGGACUUUUGGGCCAAAAAUGUUCACACUUUUCUUCCGACUAACCGAUCCAUCCUCCUCCACACAUCAACAAGGACCCAAUUUGUCUUCGCUGUGAGCCGGCCGGCCAGCUUUCGCCGGUACGAAUUGACUAAUGAAGGGGGGGAAAAGACGUGGUUCCCAUUUAUCCACUGCCAGGUGCUCGUUCGUUGUUCAAAUUGGUCAUGGACCAGCUAGUGGGCGGGGCCGGCGAUCUACCUUUCGCCUUCGGAGUGCACAACCACAACUCCAUUUCCGACGACCAAAUAUGUAAACCUGACUUCUGUUUCCAUCAACAAAGACCAGUCAAAGGGCGCCCUAUCACAAACCCAAAAUAUCUUUGAAGUUUGGUACUGAAUGAUGAUGCUGGACACUGGACGGCGAUUGGCCUGUAAAAUAUUUUAGGGUUGCAGUCCCCCAGAAUACUGAAAUUGGAUAAAUGUCCGUAUGUCAAAUCGGUUUAUACUGUUACACGCUGAUGAUGUAGCAGGUGAUGAGGAUCUGAUCGUGGUACGAUUAGUUUAUAUGUCGGUUUAUUGAGGGUUUUUAACCAAACCAUAUGAGGAAGCGAGAAACCAUAAAACCACCAAAUGAAAUGUGCAUUUGUAUAAUCUUUAAGACAACAAUACUUAUAAUCUCCAUUCAUAUUUAAAAUAAAAUGCUAUAGUACAAACAAAAACCAAACGAAUCAUCAUAUCAAAUGCAACAUUCAAGAUCAAUAUCCAAAACGCUUAUGCUUGAAUCCAAUAGAUAUCAUCAAUAUCCGAAUGUAUAUGUUUGAGAAUCUGGCAGCUUUCAUUUCUUUUGUUAGUUAAUUUCACCAAAACGACGUCAUUUUAUUUAUAGACGGAAAAAUUAAUCGUUUUGGUCUCG